AUGAAGGUUUCUGCCCUUUCCCGGUCAACAUGGCCGCUUCUGUUACUGGCUGCGGUAACUCAAGGUUUCUUCCCUUCUGACUGGCGUGAGGCUGCGUUCGGCAACUUUGGCGUUUCUCACGAGGAACAGACCAGACGAGCAUUUAACCAAAAGGCCGCAGAAUAUUUCCCUUCCAUCACUCAUCUCACCACAAACAUGAUCAAGGCUCGGACUACUAUUGCAGAAGCUAAUAUGGCCGUCGACAAGGAUCAAGACCACUCAGCUCUGCACUUUGAUGGAGAAAACUUCGAAGGCGGACAAACAAGACUUAUACAACUGAAAAAAGAUUGCAUCGCAGCCCUCCAAGCCGGAGAUGCUGAUACCGCUCGGAAAUCCCUCGGUGGUGCACUUCACUCUCUUCAAGACUUCUACGCUCAUUCGAACUGGGUUGAACUAGGCCGCACGGAUAUCCUGAAGGACCUGGGGAAGGAUGGUGUCGACGUUGAUCAUGCCGCCUUCGAGGAGACUACCUGCAACAGUUGCACUUCAAGUUUCAUCAGUGAAGUCCUCUUUGGCUGCCACAAUUGCGCAAGCAACACGAAGGGCUUCAACAAGCUUACGAGUGGAUACUAUUUCAAUGAAGAUUCUCCACCGAAUGGUUCAGAUAUUCCUUCUUGGAAGUGCCACCAUGGCAUUAUAUACGCCGAUGUGCUCCGGGAUGUGCCCAUGGGCAUCAACAAGGACAGCCUCAAUUGCUUCUUCUCGCCUCAUUACUUUGCCCACACCUCGGCAGUCGAGCUCUCCGUCAAAGCGUCCGCCAAAUAUAUCGAUGACAUAUUCACCGACGGCGGUCUCAGUGACAAGGAAAAGAAACUCCUGUUUGGCGUGGGUACCACCAUGGCUUUCGUCAUUGACACGACUGGUAGCAUGUCCGAUAUAAUCGCCGCGGUUCAGGAGCAGAGCAUCUCCAUUGCAUCGGCUCGACUUGGCACCCCGGAUGAACCCAUUGAGUACAUCGUCGCGCCUUUCAACGAUCCCUUCACCGGACCUGUGGCCACGGCCACCGACUUUGACAGUUUCGAAACCGGCAUCAAUUCUCUCUACGCCAGCGGCGGCGGAGAUUGCCCGGAGCUCGCUCUGACCGGGAUGCUUGACGCCAUGGAUGUCAUGGACGGGCCGGCAAACCUUUUUGUCAUGACUGAUGCUUCCGCAAAAGACGCCGACCUGUCGUCUCAAGUCAUAAGCACGGCUCUCGACAAACGCAUCAACCUCCACAUCUUCAAAUUCGACAGCGGCUGUGAUGAUGAAGACACCUCGACAAAGAAACGAAGUCUCGCCAAACGAGUCGAUUCGGCCUCGAAUGAGGUGUAUGGCCUGUUGGCUUCUUCCACCGGUGGCGCCUACUAUUCACUUCCGCGCGACCAAGCCAGCAGCAUAUCCAACUCUCUGGACGUCCUGACGCUGAGCGAGGCCAAUGCCAUUUUCAGGAUCUCAGACACAUUUAACGGUACCAGCAGCGUAUCGUACGUGUUGCCGGUGGACUCCAUGAUGAGUGAGUUCAGCGUCUCUCUACGAGGCGCGGGAUUCACCAUGAGCGUCAUCCAACCGGAUGGGUCCACUUUGGGUUCAAAUUCGACCUCCGUCACGAGGACAACGGUGGCCGACGGCCAAUUUCUAGAUGUCCAGAACCCUGACUCUGGAGACUGGAAGGUUGUUAUUGUUAGCACCAGCAGCAGUGGUGGUAGUUUUGAAUGCGACGCCACGGGAGUCAGCCCUCUUCAUUUCUCCGCUUUCGACUUUGUCGCCUUGGAUGGUCGACCAGGACACACAGGCUACUACCCCAUCGCCGGACAACCUGCUUACGACCAUGCCGUGGCCGCGGUGGCUCGUAUUGACGGAUCGUUUUCCUCGGCUACAUUCGAUCUUCGAAGUCCUGGCAACAACCACGUGCUCGAUGCGAACAUGACUGCGGGUUCGGGUGAAGAAGGACAACCGGGUCCCGAGUCAUUUUAUGGAGAGAUGAGCCUCAUUUCUGGGGUUCUCUAUGUUUAUGCUUCGGGAUUCGACGCGGCCGGUGCACCUUUUCUGAGGAUGUUGUCGACAGUAUUCACACCGAUACUGAGCAAUACGACCGUUACCGGAUUCAACGAUACGGAUAUUUUUGCUGGCUUGGGACCAAGUGAUAAUAACUCCUCGACAUCGACAUCGACAUCCACGUCGAUGACGACGACCAGCACACCUCCGACAUACGUCAACACCACUUCGACCAGUCAUUCAAGUACUAGAUCGAUAACAAAUGUCACGACCACGAGCAGAUUCAGUACGACAACAUCACAGUGGUACAACCACUCCUCGACCGGCUCUUCGAGGGCAACAAGCCUGAAUCAUGAUUGGUCGACAUCAACAACAUCGUCAACAUUUGCUCGAACUUCAUCUUUGUCGUUUGGUUCAUCCACGUCCUGGCUUAGGGAUACGUCGUCGUCGUCGUCGUCGUGGCAUAACAUCAUGUCCUGGCCCCAUACGGCCCCGGUUCCGACGUACUCUCCACACUCUGCCGCACCAGGUAUUCGAAUUCACAGUCAAUAUCUUACGGCAGGGGAUGAGGUACCUUCUUUCACCACGUCUGUUUCGGUCACGCGGUGCCCCUUUGUACACACGAGUUAUGACGAAGCCGGAAAGCCAAGCUACAGCACGACAUUUUCAGCAUCGACGGUGACCAUUACCGGCGUCGUUCCAUGUUGGACUUGCGUCGGGGCGAAUUAUCCUACACCAGGUGGCGGUUCCUCGACGACACUCGACAGUAUGAAUACCGGAAGCUUCGUAUCAUCCUACCCACACGCACAUGUCGGUGGCGGCGACGCUACUACUUCUACUACUACUACUCAUGGACACGACAUAGAAGAAAGCAGCACGUCAUGGACAGCCACCACGGCAGCAAGUGUUUCGGUCGUCGCCAGUAACAUUGGCCUUGACGGUUCUCGGUUCAAACCCAGUUCUACUUUGACCGGGUCCGCGACGGACGGUGCUCCCAAGCCUUGGGCAUCUCCUACCACUCAACGGAUGGACAGGUCAAAGACAGCACAAACAUCAACACCGAGUCAAGAUGAUGCCGAUCCAGAGUCACCGACUUGGGUGGAUUGGUUGAACGACCCGAAAGAUACAGCUGGUUCGACGCCAGCCUCGGCAGACUGGUCGAACUGGAUCGACUGGUCGGGGAGAGAUACGACUUCAUCGCCUAUUGCCCUGACUGACACAUUCCGUCCCGUUCCAGUAACACCAGACUGGACGGAUGCAGAAGGGACACCUACCGCCAUACCAACCGAUACAGAGUCGAAAUGGACAGACUGGUCAGCUGACGUGACUGGUACCGUUAUCGGUACCUCUGGUCCCAAACCAACCUGGACAGACUGGUCUGGAGAUGAUAUUGGUACAUGGCCUUCGGGUGUCGGCGGCACCACUCUCUCUCUGGUCUCGUCUCCCACCACCGUUGAUGCUACUCCUCUAUCAACUUCAACCACUUACCAUGAUUUUGCUGGUGCUGGUGGUGGAUCAGAUUCGUACGCAGCACCUACAAUCUCGACGCAUGUUCCUUUUUCUUCUUCUUCUUCUUCUUCUUCUUCUUCUUUUUCUUCUUCGCCGCCGCCGCCGCAAGGUACUGACACUGACGGUACAAGUCCGACGUCGCAAUACACAGGCGGAGGGGUUUCAUCUCUUGUUCGUAAAGCCCACUCGGCCACGAAACUGUGGUCACUUGUGUUUGUCAUCAUGAUGGGACCCUUGCAUAGGUUUUGAUUGUCAUGUGGGGGUAUAGUCAGACGGACAGACGGACAGACAUUCCGAGAUGGUGAUUGGAAUGGAUUACAUGUAUCUCCUCUGGAUGGAUCAUGAACAAGUUGUAACUGAUUUGGCUAUUAUGCAAAUUUUGGAAAUGUUGCAGUAUUAUAUGUACACUUGUAAGAAGGAUCCGGACAGGACAAGCCAGA